AUGGCUGCCGUAUCCGCCGUUUCUACCGUCUUCGCGGUUUCCGGCGUGUCCGACGUGGCGAUGAAUACUCCUGCUGUGCGUGCCACCGCAUGCAACGGUCCCAUAUUUUAUUCGCUGAACACCGGUCGUCCGUUGAGCAACAGCCAUCGCGGGCAAAGAAGCGCCAUCCCCCCUGCUGCUUGCGCAGCUCCUUCCGCCCUCUCCGCACCUGUUCAUCUGCGAUCUCUGCGGAAGGCCAGCCGCGCACCAGUGGUGGCAGCAGCAGCAGGCACAGCACAGGCGGAGACAGAGGAAGUGCCGGUGCCAGUGGUGGUGAUAGACAACCACUCGGAGGCCAAUGCGACCGUUGUGCAGCUCGAGUUUGGGGACCGGCUGGGGGCGCUCAUGGACACAAUGGCAGCGCUGCGCAGUCUGGGGCUGAACGUGGUGAAGGGACGCGUGACGACAGCGGGCACGGUUGCUCGCAACACCUUCACCAUCACACAGGAGGGCGGCAAGGUGGAGAGUGCGGAGAUGAUAGAGGCCAUUCGAGGCACCAUCAUCUCUAACCUCCUCAAGUACCACCCCGAGUCGGGCACGCAGCUAGCCAUGGGCCUCACGUGCGACUCGCCCCCUUGCAAUGCGAGCGUGCCAACGCGCAUGGCGCUCACGCCCCUCCCGGACAAUACGGGCAGCGAGUUGAGGGUGGAGGCGGCGGACCGGCCGGGACUGCUCAUGGAGAUUGUGGAUGUGCUGACUGGGAUGUCCGUCAGUGUGACGUCAGCAGAGAUCGACACCGAGGGCGUGGUGGCGAAGGAUGUGUUCACGGUGUCGUACCAUGGGGGGCCACUGGAUGAUGAGAUGACCACGCUCACACUCAACGCCCUCAACUACACUCUCUCGCGGCCAGACAUCGAAGCAGAGGAGAGCUAUUAG